UAAUAUAAAUAUAUAUUUCUUCCUGAAAAUUCGAAAGAUCUAUAAUAUGUCGAUUCCUUUCAGCGGAACAUUGCGAAGGUCUGGAGGAGUAGUUUCUGCAAUUGGAAAACAGCUAAGAGCUGUGAAUUUGAAAGCUGCGAAAAGAAUUACUGUUAAAUUUGACCCUUUUGGCAACAACGUUACAGAAACAAGAAACUUCCUGCACUAUAUAAGUUCGUCCAAAAUCGCCUUAACAAAUCCUAAUUGUGCUCUGAAAACAGAUAUUGUUUGUGACCGCAGCGAGCCUACUGUAGAUAUCAUCCUUACUCCUUCAAUAGCUGAAACUGCCAAUUACAAAAAAGUCACUCUUAAGAGUGGUAACUUAACUUGUUUGGAGCUGCUACAGUUAUUAAAUAAACAUAUUUCGGCACUAGCACCAGUGGAGCAACCCGUUUCAACAAUCCAGACGAAAUCUGAAAAGAAGACUAAGAAGAAGUGA